AACAUGUGAGACUGAAGAGUCCAGCACGUUGAUUCGUAGUUCGGACCCUUCUGUUUUUGUGACUCAAAAACUACCAAAAUUAUUCACAGAAUUAAAUCAAAAUUAAUUUUAGUAAUAAUAUUAAUAUAAAGCUUUUUUGCUUGAUUGUCUUGAAUACAGGCCCAGUCAAAUAUUUAUUACACUCAAGCAUCACUUUCCCCACACACUCUCUCUCUCAUCCCCCCUAUCUCUCUCUCUCAUCUUUUUCACAGGUAUCAUCAGCAUGCUAUGAACAAGAGUGCUUCCAUCUUUCCUUUUUGCUCAUACAUCAAAGCAAUGAACUUGUGGACCAGAUUCUUCAGUUUCCAGAUUUGAUAAUUGGGGUUUAGAAGUUUUUUGAGAUCAAGAGAAGGUUUGUUGCUGGAUGAGUAUCUUGAUCCUGUCAAGUACAUAGCUUUUAUCUUUCAAUGGCGUCAAAAGUCCGGUCUACGGCUGUACCGCCGCUAGCGCCAGCGGUGGCGGCAGAAAUCGCGUCGAAACAUGCUGUUGGAGAUGAUUUGGAAGCUAAACUGGCUUCCAAACUAACAAUUGAAAGUGGUAAGGUUGGUGUUAGUUUGGAUGAGGAAAAGAAGAUUGGUGAGAAGAACAGCUCGGUUUCGGAUAAAGCGAGUGAUGGGAACAGCAGCCUCGGGAAGACGAGCGGGAGCGCGCGUGUCGAUUUUGUGGAGAGUGGGAAGAGUAGUAUGUGUAGAGGAAGCACAAGCAGCAAUGUGAGUGAUGAAAGCAGCUGUAGUAGUUUCAGUAGCAGUAUCAACAAGCCGCAUAAGUCGAAUGAUAUGCGAUGGGAAGCUAUUCAAGUGGUUCGAGCGCGAGACGGGGCGUUGGGUUUGACCCAUUUCAGAUUGUUGAAGAGAUUAGGGUGUGGUGAUAUUGGUAGUGUUUACUUGGCUGAGUUGACCGGGACGAAAGCGUAUUUUGCUAUGAAAGUUAUGGAUAAAGCGUCUUUAGCUAGCCGUAAAAAGCUUCUUCGCGCUCAAACCGAGAGAGAGAUUCUGCAAUCGUUGGACCACCCGUUUCUUCCAACGUUAUACACUCAUUUUGAGACCGAUAAGUUUUCGUGUUUGGUGAUGGAGUUUUGUCCCGGAGGAGAUUUGCAUACACUCAGGCAAAGACAGCCCGGGAAACACUUCACCGAGCAGGCUGUCAAGUUUUACGUGGCAGAGGUGCUGUUAGCCAUGGAAUAUCUCCACAUGCUCGGGAUUGUUUACCGUGACCUUAAACCCGAAAACGUCCUCGUGAGGGAAGACGGGCAUAUAAUGCUCUCGGAUUUUGAUCUAUCCCUUCGUUGCAGUGUUAGCCCGACUUUAGUAAAGUCUUCAUCUAUGGACUCCGAGCCCCUUCGUCGGAACACCGCGUAUUGUGCCCAACCCGCUUGCAUUGAGCCGUCAUGUAUUCAGCCUUCGUGUGUGGUCCCCACAUCUUGCUUCUCGCCUCGUUUCUUUUCAAGCAAAUCCAAGAAAGAACGCAAAAGCAAAGUCACAAAAGACAUUGGAAACCAAGUUAGCCCGUUGCCUGAACUCAUGGCUGAACCAACCAGUGCCCGAUCCAUGUCAUUUGUGGGAACCCACGAGUACUUAGCCCCCGAGAUCAUUAAAGGUGAAGGCCAUGGAAGCGCUGUAGAUUGGUGGACGUUUGGCAUAUUCCUAUACGAGUUAUUGUUUGGUAGGACUCCAUUUAAAGGGUCGGGUAAUCGCGCCACAUUGUUUAACGUUGUGGGCCAGCCACUUCGGUUUCCAGAGUCACCCGCGGUUAGCUUUUCUGCUCGGGAUCUAAUCAGGGGUUUGCUUGUGAAAGAACCACAACACAGACUCGCUUAUAAACGUGGAGCCACUGAGAUCAAGCAACACCCGUUCUUCGAAGGUGUUAACUGGGCGUUAAUCCGCUGUGCUACGCCACCAGACGUCCCUAAGCCGGUUGAGUAUGAAAGGUUUUCCGGGGCUCCUGUUGCAUCAACAAGUGAAAAGACUAAUAUACCCCCGGUUGCUGCUCCAAACCAACAAAAGGGUUCAGACAAUUACUUGGAGUUCGAUUUCUUUUAAAUAUACCUAUGAAUGGAUUUGCAGGGGGGUGAUUAUGGGGGAGAAUGGUUGUAUUUUUCUUGGAUGAACUACAUGAAACUUGUGAGUUGUAAUUGUCUGUUGUUGCAUUGCAUCAUAUCAUUUAUCAACCUCAUGAACAUGACUAUGAUGAUGAUGAUGAUCUAUCAUGAACAUAUAAACAUCAAAGACAACUUUGUUUAUUGGUUUU